UUUGUUUGUGUGUUGAUUCAUUCACUUAUUCACCAUUCCCAUCGCCAGUUGAAAGGAAAAGGAAAGAAAAAAAAAAUAAAAAAAAAAUAAACUGUUUAAAAAAUAUAAAAAGAUAUCGAUCAUGUCCAAGCCUACUGUCGAUUACUCAGUCUAUCUGGUCACUGAUUCGGGGUUGAACCAUCCUUCCAGGACUUUGCUUCAGUCAGUCGAAGACUCUAUCCUGGGCGGUGUGACCCUAGUUCAGUUACGUGAGAAGGAUCUUGACACACCAGCGUUCAUUGAUCUGGCACGCAAAGUACACGAGAUCACAAAAAAGCACAAUGUCCCACUCUUGAUCAAUGACAAUAUCGAGGUGGCUCUUGCAAUUGAUACUGAGGGCGCGCACGUGGGUCAAGAUGACAUUUCCUGUACAGAGGCGCGUCGACUCUUAGGUCCCAACAAAAUCCUGGGCAUCUCCACUGGCACCCCCGAGGAAGCUCAAAAGGCAUUAGCAGAUGGUGCAGACUAUAUCGGCAUCGGAACCUGCUUCAUGACUCAAACUAAAUCUCCUAAACGGACGUUGGGGCCCAUCGGUGUCCGAGCCAUUCUAGAAGCAUUGCCCAAGGAUCAUCCUCUCAAGACCGUAGUCAUCGGAGGAAUCAAACGUGAUAAUACUCGCCGCGUGGUCGAACACUCUGCAGGCCGCAAUGGUCGUAUUCUGGAUGGCGUCGCAGUCGUCACCGGCAUUGUCAGUGCCUCUGAUGCCAAGGCUGCAUCUCAGGAUUUAUUACGGGAGUUCAGAACCGGAUAUGAAAACGCUUCCAACUACCUUCAGGGACAAGUCUCAAAAGAGAAGAAAAAGAGCAUUGAUGAAGUUCUCCAGAGUUUUCCUCAGUUGUUGACGACCUUGAGAGAAAAAGCGCCCUUGACACAUCACAUCUCUAAUUAUGUGGUCAUGAAUGAUACUGCUAAUGCUACCCUCGCUUUGGGUGGGUCUCCUAUUAUGGCACCUUCUGCUAGUGAGGCACAGGACCUCUCCAAGGUUGUUUCGUCUGUUGUUUUGAACAUUGGCACCUUGACUGAGUCCUUUGUUGAGUGCAUGCUUGAAGCUGGCAAACAUGCAAACGCACAGUCCAAGCCAGUGAUCUUGGACCCUGUCGGUGCAGGCGCUACUUCGCUUCGUGAGGCAACCGCCGCCCGCAUCUUGAAUCAUGUUCAUGUUGAUAUCAUCAAGGGCAAUGCAGGCGAGAUCUCAACCAUCUCCAAGAUUGUGGGCUGUGAUUCUGAGAGUAUCGCCAUGCGUGGUGUCGACUCCUUGGGCAGUGGCUUCACAAAUCCUGCUGCUGUUGUCCAAGCUCUGGCCAAACGUGAGAAAUGCGUUGUUGCAAUGACAGGAAAGAUUGAUUAUGUCUCCGAUGGCGUACGCACAGUUGCAAUUGAAAAUGGUCAUGAGUACCAGGGCCGUAUCACUGGGUCUGGAUGCAUGAUUGCUUCCUCAAUUGGGUCCUUUGCUGCCAUCUCUACUGAUGACCAUUUUGCGGCCGCUGUUGCUGGCAUUCUGGCCCUCAAUUUGGCAGGCGAGCAUGCUGCUGCGCGUGAUGAUGUUCGUGGACCGGGUACUUUCAGAGCUGCAUUCAUUGACGAGAUAGCUAACCUGAAGCCUGAGCAGGUGGUCAAAGAAGCCAGGAUCAAAGCUAUUCAGCUGAACUAGACAAAUAUAUACAUUUAUACUGUCUGUGUAUCUGUCUGUGUAUCAAGCAAUUAGAAUCAACAUCAUAACAAUACCGCA